UUGUUCGUUUCCUUGUUCUAUUCCACAACAAAGCUACCAUUUUUCCAUGUGCGUCUCGCACACCCUCUUGGGAAAACCCAAAGGGUUGCAUUGAAUUAUAUAGAACAAAGACGAAGAGACUCAAAAUCAGGGAAGAAGAGAAAAGAAAACCAACAAGAACAACAACAAAGGAGGAGGAACAAAGAACAAAGUUGUUGUUUUUGUCGGAAUUCGAAAUGCCCCUGUUUUCUGGUUUUUCUCAUCUCCCUGUAUUCUGAGCUCCUCUGUUCUGAGUGUAGCAACCACAUUGGAGGUGUUGAUGUAGGGGAAAUUCUCCCCUACAAUCGCCAUCGUCCAUUUUCUUCUUUUUUCUCGUCGUGAUCAUCUUCUUCUUGAUCAAAUGGGUUGCAUUAGCUCCAAAAAUGUGGUUGCCAGAGCGUAUUCUCCAUCCCCAACAAUGGUGGAAAUUUCAGAGUCGAUUCGCGCUUCCAGCAGGGGCCAUUCUGGAUUGACGAUUUUGGAUUCUAAAGGAAAUGUAGACAAUGAGAGAAACAACAACAGCAACAUCAAGAUUAAGAAAAAUAGUUCAAAGAAGAGUAAUGGAUCUUUUAGCUUACGGCAUGGGUUGGUUCACAGAAACGUUGAGGCUGAACAAAAUGCUGUUGGUUGGCCGCCAUGGCUCACUGCUGUUGCAGCAGAAGCCAUUCAAGGAUGGAUCCCUCUCAAAGCAGAUUCUUUUCAAAAGUUAGAAAAGAUUGGACAAGGUACAUAUAGCAGUGUGUUUCGAGCUCGUGAAGUUGAAACUGGGAAGCUAUUUGCUUUGAAAAAGGUGCGGUUUGACAAUUUUCAACCUGAGAGUAUUAGGUUUAUGGCAAGAGAAAUAACAAUCCUUCGAAGGCUUGAUCACCCAAACAUCAUGAAAUUGGAAGGCAUAAUCACUUCUCGCCUAUCAAAUAGCAUAUACCUUGUAUUUGAAUACAUGGAACAUGAUCUUGCUGGUCUAGUGUCACGUCCUGAGAUAGUAUUCACUGAAUCACAGAUAAAAUGUUACAUGAGGCAACUUUUAAGUGGACUCGAGCAUUGUCAUAUGCGUGGUAUUAUGCACAGAGACAUCAAAGUAUCAAAUAUCUUAUUAAACAAUGAAGGUGUUCUCAAGAUAGGAGAUUUUGGAUUAGCAAAUACAAUUAGUACAAGUAACAAAAAUCCUUUGACAAGUCGUGUUGUGACUUUGUGGUAUCGUCCUCCUGAGCUAUUGAUGGGAUCAACUAGCUAUGGAGUGUCAGUAGAUCUAUGGAGUGUUGGUUGUGUAUUUGCAGAACUUUUUCUUGGGAAGCCUAUCCUUAAGGGAAGAACCGAGGUUGAACAAUUGCACAAAAUUUUUAAGUUGUGUGGUUCUCCACCUGAGGAGUUCUGGAAAAAGACCAAACUUCCUCAUGCAACCAUGUUUAAGCCUCAAACAAAUUAUGAAAGCUCUCUUCGAGAAAGAUGUGCAGAUUUUCCUGAAACUGCUAUAGACCUACUUGAGACUUUAUUAUCCAUUGAUUCAAGCAACCGAGGAACUUCCUCAUCUGCCUUAAUGUCUGAGUAUUUUAACACUAAGCCAUACGCUUGUAACCCAUCAAAUCUCCCAAGAUACCCACCAAGCAAAGAAAUGGAUGUAAAAGUUCAAGAAGAUUCAUCCAGGAAAAAGAUUGAAGGUAAAGUGAGAGAGGUUGCAACAUCAAGAAGACAACCAAGACGAGUCAAUAAACUUUUGAAUGAUCAAAACAAUUUUGGUAAAUCAAGCUCAAAAGAGAACAUGCAAAACAGUUCUCAAAAUGGCCAUAAAGAUGAUGGUAAAACACAUCUUACAAAAGGAAGAGGAGGAAACAUGUACAAAGAUCAUGCAAAGCCUGCAAUGGAUACCAUGUCUGAGACCUCCCAAAUGAUGAAUGUUGUUAAUGGUAAUGGAUACAGUGUGCCAAUACAAGUUUCAGGAUCUACUAAUGAUUAUACAUGGGUAAAAAGAAGAAAACAAGAUGCAUCAUCAACAGUAUCAGAUGGAUCAAAAAGCAAAAUCAGUGCACUAGAUACCAACUUUGCCAAAGGAACAUAUGAUUUAUCUAACCAAAGAGUUUCAAUGGAUUUUGAUCCUGCUGAAUUGGUGAAUGCUCAGGGUCGUAGAGAAAAUGAUGCACAACGUGCAAUUCGUAAAUCGAGGUUUGGAAGAGAUAAAUGAGAUGAAGCAAGGAUUGUGAAAGUGGUGUAAUCUUCAUCAUUACAAGGGUGACUAUAGAAAACAUUUAUGCAAUUGAUGAACUUUAGUAGGGACAUUUGAACCAUUUUAAUUUUUUACUUCACCUCUAUUGGCAUCUUGGUGUCAUUUCCCUCCUUUUGAUCACACUAUAGUUAAUU